CUUCCAACAGAGAUGGACUCCAUGGUUCCUAUGAAUCUAAUGACGCGCAUAUCUUCUCCUCUGGUCUUUGAACGGAAGAACUUCACCAUGCAACAUGUUCGUUACACAGAUAACCUUUCUUAUUGGUAUUGCAAUUUUUGAAAUCUCUUUUCUUCUUUUUCCUUUUUUUUUUUUCCUUCUUUUUUACUCGGCCCUAAAGCGAAAACGCACCGCCAUACACAUAUAUUUAUCGACAAAGCCAACGCCCAUGUUCUCACAACCUCUUCAAAACUAGUACUAGGACAUUAAGUGAGGAACGUUAACGAUCAACACUCGCAAUGUCUCUGCUUCGAUUCAGGCUCUGGAUACGAAGCUUCCAGGCUACAUUUGUGAUCUCAGCCACCAUCUUCAUUAUCCUGAUCUCAUCCCAACUCUACUUCCAAUCGCACCAUGGAGGGUCCUGGAACCACUUCAGCAGCCACGACGAGGCAUUUGGGGCGAGCGGGUCGGACUGCACGCUCGCUCAGGCCGGCAAAGGCUUAUCGAGUGCUGCCAUCCGGUGCAGGAUUAAAGCCGCGCAGUCGCGCAUGGCGCAUUUCCUCGAGGCGCAAUCGCGCACUCCCGAGGCCGCCAUCGCCGAGUACGAAAGACGCUACGGUCGACCCCCACCCCCCGGUUUUCGGGAGUGGGUGCAAUUCGCCCUGGACCACGACUCGCGGGUGAUUGAUGAUUUCGAUCAGAUCGAGAUCGACCUCCAACCCUACCGGACCGACGAGGCCCGGCGCGUCUUUCAUCGGCUCAACGAGAAGUACCAAGACGACUGGCCGAAGACCCGGCGUGUGGCCUUCGUCGAUGGUCAUGUCAAUGCCUCAGGUGGGCUUCUGUACGGCGACGAAUGGACCACCAUCCUCGCCCCUUUCGCCCAUGCCUUGCCCCGCAAGUUCCUCAUCUACUUGAGUACCAUUGACGAGCCCCGUGUGCUCGCGAAAGCAGGGGGGAUGCACCCCGACGACAAUGUGACCUUCGUUGAUCAUCAACGUCGCUCGAUUGAGACGCUGGUCAAGGAGUCCUGCACUGGAGUGGAGCACCGCCAGGUUGAUGAGGAGCGCGAUGUCUGUCGAUCCCCGGAGCCCGGGAAACUGCAUGCGCUUAUCGCCUCUCCGAGCAGCUUUAUUUACACCCAGGCGCGCGUCCCGAUCCUGAGCUUCGGCCGCAUGUCCGCCUUCCGCGACAUCUUGGUUCCGUGCCCCUGCUACGUGACCAACGGGGUGGCACCAGACGAGGGCAAGACGGACACGGACUCGUUCCCCUUCCGCGACAAGUUGAAGACGGUUUAUUGGCGGGGCCGGUCGACCGGCGGCCAGGCGCUGCGCGCAACAUGGCGGUACGGCCACCGACAGCGGUUUGUGGGGUUCGUGCACGCGCUGCAGCGGGCAGCGGAGGUGUUCGAGGUGAGUCGUUACUUCGGCGGUGCUGCCGCAGUAGUCCGGGGCUGGGAGGGGCGCACCACCCGCGCCCUGCGGAAUGCCUUCGACGUGCAGAUGGGGGGCUACAUCCAGUGCGACGGGGAGGCCUGCAGCGAGAUGGAGCGGGUGCUGGGCCCCGCGCACUUCGAGGCCCAGCAGGCCGAGCGGCAGUUCCGCUAUCUCUUCGACUUGGACGGGAACAGCAUGAGCUGCCGGUUUUAUCACCUCCUCUCGCAGCCCGCCGUCGUGCUGAAGCAGACCUGGUUCGAGGAGUGGCACGACCAGCGACUGAUUCCCUGGGCUCACUAUAUCCCUGUCACGAUGGGCAUGGAGGAGCUGCCCUCCGUGAUGGACUUCCUCAUCAAUGACCCCGAGGGGGAGCGUCUCUCCGCGGAGAUUGCAGCGGCCGGGUCCGCUUGGUCGCGCCGGGUCUUGCGCGAGAUUGACCUGUCCAUAUAUGUCUACCGGUUGCUGUUGGAGAUGGCGGCGAUUUUUGGGCCCUUGGACGAGGAUGAGAAGGUUUGGGAGACUGUGACCGAGCAGUUACUCUGAGUAGGGCAGGCUUUGACAUCAUACUCUGGCAUGUAUGUUACGUACUAUCUUUGGUCAAUUUAUGAACAUGGC